AUCUCUACCGUCGAUCGAGUCGUCUGUUUACAAAAGACCGCGUCGUAGAGUAUAAUUGCUAAUCACUUCUUCUUCUUCCGCUUUAGGUUUUCUUCAAACUCGCUCUCUUUCUCCGAGCUCCAACGAAACGGCGACCGACUGUCUGCCAAGAGAAGAUGGCGGCGCCGGAAGCUCCAGUCAAGUACGUCGGAAUCCUAAAGGAAUCCGCCGCUUUCCGCCUAAUGAAAUCAAUGGGAUGGGAAGAAGGAGAAGGACUAGGUAAAGAUAAGCAAGGGAUCAAAGGCUAUGUCCGAGUCAAGAACAAGCAAGACACAACUGGUGUUGGUGUUGAUAAGCCGAAUCCAUGGGCAUUUGAUACUACUCAGUUCGAUAACAUUCUCAAGAAGUUGAAAGUGCAAGCAGCUCCUAGCAAGAAAGACGAUGCUUCGGACAAGGAAACUGAAAGUGAAGACGAAGCUGCCGAAUCUGAGCCUGCCGUGUCCAAGGUUGCGAAAGUUACUCGUCCACAAGGAAGGUAUAAACGUAGAGAGAAGGGGAAGCUUGUCAAUUCUUACUCUUCUAAAGAUCUUGAAGGAAUACUUGUUAAGCGAACUGAGGAGCCUUCUCCUGUGAUUUGCGACAUAGCCGCCGAUGCUAUGGAGAUUGAAAUUAUAUCUGACGACCAACAUGCUAGUGUUAAAGAACCGAAAAUUGAAGAACCUUCUUCUGAUUGGUGGGGAUUUGAAUCCGGGUUUGUCUCGGGUGGUCUUCUUGGAGCUAAGCCUGGCAAAAAGAAAUCAUCCAAGUCUAACGAGAGAAAAAUGUUUUGUGAGGACGAUCAAGAGAAUCUUUACAACAUGGUUCAGGAUAAAGCCACAGCUGGAAAACAAGGACUUGGUAUCAAAGACCGUCCAAAGAAGAUAGCUGGUGUUCGUUACCAAGGGAAGAAAACAUCUUUUGAUAACAGUGAUGAUGAUGAUGAUGAUAAUGAUGAUGAAGAGGAAGAAGAAGAGAGUGAAGAGGAUGAUGACAAGGACUCUGUUAUCGAAAAUUCUCUCCCAGCAAAAAGGAAGCGAGAAGAGAGUGAAGAAGAAGAAGACAACAAGGACUCUGUUAUUGAAAACUCUCUCCCAGCAAAAAGGAAGCGUGAUGAAAUCAUUGAACCCAAAAUCAAGUUGAAGAACCUAUGCAAGCAGAUUCUUAAAAAGGUCGCUGAUAGUAGCGGAUCAAUGAAGCUGAAACAGCUUAAAUCUAUGAUUGAUGAACAAGCACCAUCAAUUCUCUCAGAGUUCUCUUCAAGGAAAGAUGCUAUUGCUUACUUGAAACUUAAGCUGGAGCGAAGUGAGAAGUUUAUUGUGGAGGGAAAGAAAAUCAGUCUCGUAUCAAAAAGGAAGUGAGUGAGGACAAAUAUCAUUACACCUGCCUGCGUAGGAAAGUGGAGAUUAGGGCAAGUUUUGUUACUAAUCAACAUCAGAUGUAUAACAAGUAUCAUCCUUUAAUUUUUUUUUUUUUGAUGUGUUUUGAUAAUCUAUUAAUACUUAUAUGAGAGUUAUGCAUACAAACUCCACAAUAAUCUCUUUUAUUAAAGAACAUAUAGAAUACAUGAUGUAUUUCAACAUGUCUAUACAGAGCUUCAAUUUCGGUUCU